UUUUAUUUACACUUGGCUUGCCGGCGGUGCGGGAGAUUCCACGCAAACAUCAUAAAGUCUCCCAUUGUAUACUCACGCACACCAAAUGGCCAAACUGGAUGAACGAAUUGGUUUCAUUGGUGGCGGAAAUAUGGCUUUUGCCAUUGGGUCCGGCCUUAUUCGUGGUGGAAUCGUAAAACCAAGCCAAGUUCUAGUGUCCGGUCCUCAUAUUGAGAACUUGGCCCGCUGGCGAGAACUGGGCGCCGUUACCACAGAUGAGAACUAUGAAGUCCUGGAGCAUACGGACAUCGUGUUUAUUUGCGUCAAGCCCCAUAUGCUUGCUCCUUGUGCUGCUCAGCUAAAGUACAAGCAUGUCCCGUCGGCAAAAGAUGCUAGCAAGCUUAUUGUUUCUGUCUUGGCGGGCACAAGUCUACAAACGCUCGAAGAGAAAUUCGAUUUUAUAGAAAGCUCAGGAUUAAAGGUGAUUCGAACUAUGCCCAAUACAUCCAUGCAAGUGGGCGAGGGAUGUACUGUGUACACGGGCAACUCCCGGGUCACUCAUCAGGAUCUUGAAAAGGUGCACCUGAUGCUCAAUGCCCUGGGCUUGGCUCAGCAGGUUCCAGAGUCCAUGAUUGACGCUGUCACUGGAGUAGCUGGCUGUGGUCCAGCAUUUGUGUACACUAUGAUCGAGGCCAUGGCGGAUGGCGGGGUCAAACAGGGAGUGCCCAGGCAGAUGGCUCUGCAAUUCGCUGCCCAAACAAUGCUGGGCGCAGCCAAGACAGUACUUCUAACCGGCAAGCAUCCAGCUGUGUUGCGCGACGAGGUGUGCUCGCCGGGUGGAGCCACUAUAGUUGGUGUACAUGAACUGGAAAAAGGGAAUCUCAGGGCCACCCUUAUAAAUGCUGUGGAAAAGUCGUCGCAACGUUCAGCAGAGCUGGGAAAGAAAUAGAUUGACAAAUGGCCUGGUUUACCCAAAGGAUAUACUUAACUAUAUAUAUUCUGUUCCAUUAAAGUAACAAACUUGAGCAUUACAUUGAUAUUAUGUAAUUAAAUACUAUAUACAUAUA